UUUGCUGAUUUUUGAGAGGUUAUUUGUUACAUCUGUCAAAAUUCACAACAUUUUACAAGCGGCAUUUGUUUUGAUUGCAAUUCAGUGAGUUUUUAGGGCUUUAUUGAUAAUGGACGGGGAUUUAUACGAUGAAUUUGGCAACUAUAUCGGCCCGGACCUAGAAUCGGACUCUGAUGAUGAGCAGAGUGUUUACGGACAGGAUAAUCGCGAUGCGGACGAGGAUGCGAUGGAGGAGGACGAGGACGCCGAUGCCGAGCCUGAAGCGGCUCCAAUGUCGGUUGUUCUACAUGAAGAUAAGAGAUACUAUCCCCAAGCAGUAGAAGUCUAUGGCCCAGAUGUAGAAACUGUAGUACAAGAGGAGGACACACAAGCACUGGACAAGCCCCUCGUGGAGCCGGUUAAACACAAGAAGUUCCAAAUGCAAGAACAGCAGCUACCAGAGACGACAUAUGAUAUGGAGUACAUGGCAGAUAUGCUGGAUAAUACUAACUUGAUGAGGAACAUCACUUUGAUGGGACACUUACAUAAUGGUAAAACCUCCUUCGUGGACUGUCUGAUCCGGCAAACCCACCCCAGCACAAUAAACCAUGAGACAACCAUACCAAUGCGAUACACGGACACACUGUUUGUGGAGCAAGAACGUGGUGUCUCCAUCAAGUCCAUGCCGGUCACACUGAUGCUCAAGGAUAUUAAGGGGAAAUCACAUUUACUGAACAUUAUGGACACACCUGGACAUGUUAACUUCAGUGAUGAGGUUACUGCUGCACUUAGGAUAUCCGAUGGCGCAGUACUAUUCGUCGACGCAGCAGAAGGCAUAAUGCUCAACACAGAGCGCCUCUUGCGUCACGCAGUGCAGGAGCGCGUACCGCUCACUGUAUGCAUCAAUAAGAUCGACCGCCUUAUACUGGAACUGAAGCUACCACCCGCGGACGCGUAUUACAAGCUGCGGCACAUCAUAGAUGAGAUCAACUCCAUGGUGGAGACCCACCAGCCACAAGACAACCCAGAGGAGCCUGCCACUGUGUUCUCACCAUUAUUAGGCAACGUCUGCUUCGCGUCAUCGCUCUACGACGUGUGUUUUACGCUGGAAUCGUUCGCCGCGAUGUACGCGUCCGCACAUGACUGCGGCCUACGCGCGAGCGACAUGGCGGCAUGGCUGUGGGGCGAUAUAUACUUCAACGCUAAGACGCGCCGUUUCACCAAGAAGCAACCACACGCUUCUGCGCAGAGGAGUUUCGUAGAGUUUAUACUCGAGCCGCUCUACAAGAUCUUUGCUCAGGUGGUAGGCGACGUGGACGACACUCUGCCCGCAGUGCUGUCGGAGCUAGGCAUCAAGUUAACAAAGCAAGAGGCCAAGCUGAACGUGCGCCCGCUGCUGAGGCUGGUUUGCAGCAGAUUCUUCGGUGACUUUUGUGGUUUCGUGGCUAUGGUGAUACACCACGUGCCGUCGCCACUAGACGCGGCGCCGCGCAAGGUCGCGCACGCGUACCGCGGCUCCGCGGGGCCGCUGCACACCGAUAUGAUCAACUGCGAUCAGUCCGGUAGGCUGGUCGCUCAUACCACCAAGAUGUAUCCCACUGAUGACUGCACUUUCUUCUUGGUGUUAGCACGAAUAAUGUCGGGUACAUUGUACGCGGGGCAAACAGUUCGAGUGUUGGGAGAGAACUACAGCACGCAAGACGAAGAGGACUCACGUAUUAUGAACGUUGGACGACUGUGGAUAUACGAAGCGCGGUAUAAGGUGGAACUAAAUCGCGUACCGGCCGGUUGUUGGGCUCUCAUCGAGGGUAUCGACCAGCCCAUAGUGAAAACCUGUACUCUGGUCUCGGCUGAUGAAGAAGAAGAGCUGCACACCUUCAAGCCCCUGCGCUUCAACACGCAAGCCGUGGUCAAGAUAGCCGUCGAGCCCGUCAACCCUUCCGAGUUGCCUAAAAUGCUGGACGGCCUUAGGAAGGUCAACAAAUCAUACCCGGUUCUAUCGACUCGCGUGGAAGAGAGUGGGGAACACGUAGUGCUAGGCACUGGAGAGCUAUAUCUGGACUGCGUCAUGCACGACCUGCGUAAUAUGUAUUCCGAAAUCGAUAUCAAAGUUGCCGACCCAGUGGUAUCGUUCUGCGAGACGGUCGUGGAAACAUCGUCGCUCAAGUGUUUCGCGGAGACGCCGAACAAACGCAACAAAUUGACGAUGAUCGCGGAACCAUUGGAGCGGGGUCUCGCCGAGGACAUCGAGGCGGGCGCCGUGUGUGUCACGUGGGACCGGCGGCGUCUCGGGGAGUUCUUCCAGACCAAGUACGACUGGGAUUUGCUGGCAGCGCGUUCGAUCUGGGCCUUCGGACCCGAUGCGACAGGGCCGAAUAUCUUGGUAGACGACACAUUGCCCUCCGAAGUGGACAAGCAUCUACUGGCCUCCGUUAAAGACAGCAUUGUUCAAGGUUUCCAGUGGGGCACGAGAGAAGGGCCAUUAUGCGAGGAGCCGAUCAGGAAUGUCAAGUUCAAGAUUUUGGAUGCUGUGAUAGCUCAAGAACCUUUGCACCGCGGUGGUGGUCAGAUCAUUCCUACUGCGAGAAGGGUGGCAUACUCUGCGUUUCUGAUGGCAACUCCUCGCCUGAUGGAGCCAUAUUUAUUCGUGGAAGUGCAGGCGCCAGCCGACUGUGUGUCCGCUGUGUACACUGUACUGGCGAAGAGAAGAGGCCACGUGACGCAAGACGCUCCAGUGCCCGGCUCGCCGCUAUACACCAUCAAAGCGUUCGUGCCCGCGAUAGACUCGUUCGGCUUCGAGACGGACCUGCGCACGCACACACAAGGCCAGGCCUUCUGUCUACAAGUGUUCCACCACUGGCAGAUAGUGCCGGGCGAUCCACUCGAUAAGAGCAUUGUCAUUAGACCUUUGGAACCGCAGCCAGCCACGCAUCUAGCACGUGAAUUCAUGAUCAAGACACGCAGACGGAAAGGCCUGAGCGAGGACGUGUCUAUCAACAAAUUCUUCGACGACCCUAUGUUGCUGGAGCUCGCAAGACAAGAUGUACAAUUCAAUUAAACUUUAUAUGUUUUUUUUUA